GAUUUUGGCUUCAGAUAAAUGUUGUUUUUUCCCCCAUGGCCAAGAUGGGGGUUCUGUGGAGCUCGUUUAUAUAGCAAAGCAGAAUGAGGAAAUGUGCUGUGCCUAAAUGCUGCAUAUUUUGUGAUUAAUCUGUGAAUGAAGAAACUUUUCCAAAACCCUGUUCUUAUUUCCCUUUUCAGAAGAGGGUUUUAGAUAUUUUAUGUAAAUGUAUGAGGAGAAAGUUUGUAGUUUAAUAGCUUCACUUCUUAUUUGCAACAUGGCAGCAGCAGAAGACCGCCCACCGACAUACCCUUGGCUUAAAGACAAGGUUUUGGGGACUGGCGGAUUUGGUACAGUGACACUAUGGCGUCACAACGAUACUGGAGAAACUAUUGCCCUGAAAAAAUGCCGCUGGGGAACACCAGGAACUGGCACAGAAAAUAUCCUAACCCCAAAGCAUGUUGAACGCUGGGAAAAGGAAGUGGAGAUCAUGAAUCGCUUAAAUCAUCAAGCGGUUGUGAGAUGCUUCCCAGUUCCUGAUGAACUAACUGGGCCUCAAGGAGAUCUUCCCAUGCUUUGUAUGGAAUACUGUAGUGGUGGUGACCUUCGCAAGGUUUUAAAUAAGCCAGAGAAUUGCUGUGGUUUACGAGAAGCUGCUGUCCGUUCCUGCAUAAGAGAUAUGACUGAAGCUGUGGCCUACCUUCACUCUAUGCGUAUCAUUCACCGAGAUCUGAAACCUGAGAACAUUGUUCUACAGGAUGUUGAUGGGAAAACGGUCUACAAACUUAUUGACCUUGGAUAUGCGAAAGAAUUAGAACAAAGCAGUGUCUGCACCUCCUUUGUUGGCACGCUCCAGUACUUGGCUCCAGAACUGUUCCUCAGCAAACGAUACACUUGUACUGUUGACUACUGGAGUCUAGGUCUUGUUACACAUGAAAUUAUUACAGGAAUUCGUCCCUUCCUCCCAAAUAUGACUCCAGUUGAAUGGAUGAAGCGUGUACGCACAAAACAGUCCCAUCAUGUAUGUGUAUAUGAAGGUCGCAAUGGAGAUAUUCAGUUCAGUUCCCACAUGUUUCCAGAGUGUCAUAUCUCACAGCCUCUGAGAACAAGAAUAGAGGAAUGGUUGCGCAUCAUGCUGGAGUGGGACCCUGUGUUGAGGGGCCAGGUGCUGGAGGAGGAUAGCACGAAGCAGUUUGUGGCAUUCAACAUGAUCAAUGACAUUUUAAACAAGAAGAUGAUUAAAGUGUUUGUAGUGGACUUGUGUCGCCUGCUGGAAUAUGAAGUGACAGAGUCCACAUCCCUGUCUGAGGUGCAACAGUGGGUUGCACGUGACAGUGGUGUGCUGGUGGAUGACCAAAGGCCCCUACUCCCACGUGGGCAGCCCCCUGACCCCACGAGGCUUGCCAUCCAGUGCUGGGCCCCUCCGGAUGAAGAUGAAUGGUUGUUGUAUAUCUUUGCUGAGGGCAUGACUCGACCACAGGUGCCACCACACUUUCCACCCUUAGUAGAGGCAAUGUUAAGAGAACCCAGAACGGCAGUCGAAUACCAGACACAGCGUAGAAUGUGGGCACAUGCAGUGUUCUUCCUUCAUCGGGAAGCCCGUCUCCUUACCCUGUUAACACAAGCGCAAAAGGUCUCAAUGCUUCAUCUAAUGUCUGGCCAUGCUCAGUUAACCAAAACCGGCCAGAGAAUGCUUAGUGACAUCGCAAAACUUCAGGCCCGUCACCAUCUCUUCAUGGAGGCGCUCAACACAGACCUCGACUACUAUGAUGAGCAGGCUUCUUCGGGACGCCUUACCUCAGAGAAGCUAUACAGCGGCUGGAGAGAAAUGGGAGAGGUAACUCUAAGACAAGUGCAUGCUGUGGUGGAACGCGUGCAGCAACUAGAAGGCUCACUCACUGCCUUAAACACUCGCAUCCUGGAACUACAGUGUUCACCAUUUGCCCGAGCAAGAGCUAUUGAUUCUCUAGAUUCUGUAUUAACAGCUGGAGAAGACCAUUAUUGUAAUCUGAGAAGAAGGAAUAAAGAGCAGCGUGCUACACCACAUGAUAAUACAGACAUGUGCAAGUUGCUCCUACAAGCUUUGAGAAAAAGGGACAGAUUGCAACAAGAUCUUUAUAAACACGUAGAGAAACAGAGUGAAUGUUGCAGUGAAGUAGCUGCUCUCUCUUCACCAUUAGAAGCUGUUUUGCAAGAUGCAGCAAGAACCGCACAACACAUAUCUUCACUUCAGAAGCAACGCCAGAAGGACAUUUGGAAGAUCAUGGAAAUUGCAAUCAACCACAGCCGUACUGGUGGGACAGCAGCUGGAAUGGCCCAGGCACCCCAGCCCAUUCCUAAUGCUUCGCAGUUGCCAAAGAAACCCCCGUCACCAGCAGUCUUGAGCUCACUCAAUAAUUUGCUUGAAAAGUCAAAGAAGGAAUCAGAUGCCAUUAUAGCUGAAAAUCGUGCUCUUCGUUGCCAGAUGGUUGAGAUGCUCUCAGGAAACGUAAACUCCAACCUCGUGAUAGGCGCGGCCAGGUCUCCGACUGCCCUGAGCCCUCCAGUCACAGCAGAUGGCCUCAUGCUGCCACCAACCUUGCCCGAGAAGAGGACCCCUUCCCCAACCAGUCAAGCAGCAAUGAAUAAGAAGGCAGUUGAAACUUCUUUGUAGUCUUCUGCUGAUACGUUAUGGAAAAUUUUAAAUAUUUAUUUUAUAUUCUGUAGGUAUCUCAGUUAUUGAACCAGCUUACUGACUAGAAAACUGAUGAUAAUGAGGAUUAUCUGCUUAAUGUAAAGUAGGAAAAAUUGUGUCCAGUAUGGAGAUAUAUCACCAUAAAUCUUGUACCAUAUAAUUUAUUUACAAUAUAUUCUACAUAUACAGUUUAUCAAUUAUGUAAUUAUAUUGUUAUAUGAAAUAUCAUAGCAGAGAUUUAUAUGCAGCAGGAACUGCUUUAUUAUGUCAUUUGAACUUCUGUGGAAAUUAGAGGCGCACACAAACAGGUACACACACACACACAGACACACACACAGACACACAGACACACACACACACACACACGCACUUGCUCGCUCACUCACUCACUCUAUUAUGAGAAUGAUCAGAUAACUAGUCUGCUCUAGAAAAAGAUAGUGACUUUUUAUGAUGGAUAAUUUUAAAUAGCUAAUGUGUGAUAUGUGCUUCACAUUUUGGGCAGUUUUUUUCUUUUUCUUUUUUUCUUUUUUACUUUUCUCCUUUUUUCUUCCACAUUCAUUAUUGCUGUAGAAAUAUUCCAGACAAGAUUGGGGAUUGCUAGGCAUUCAACUGUAUGUGACUCAGCUUAGAGUGUUCUUGCUGGCUUUGUAUGAAAUUUAGCAGUUCUUAUGUUCAGGAAUGUUUCUUUUCCAUACAGGAGAAUAAAGGUCAGUUUGAUCUUUUAUGAAUAUCCAUUAUAAAAUUAAUAAAUGAUGGUAAUGCUUUAUAUUGCUGAUGAAGGUACAGUUUCAUUGAAUGUUUCUAGCUUUUCUUCACUAACCCAUAGAUGGACUUGCCCGCUGAAUCUUUAAUAAAACAGAGAAAAAGCAAUUUAAAACAUACAGUUCCACUUGUGAUUCUUUUAGCCACAAAGGUGAAAUUUAGUUCAAAUACAUGUGACAUACAGUAUAUGCAUUUCUUUGUAUCAAAAUUACAGUGUUUUCUACACAUCAGCAUACCUUAAUGGAGAUGUAGUCCUAGUUAUUGACUGUUUAAUCCGAUAUUUUUUUUCAACUCUUAAUUCAAAAGUUGCAUUUGCAUUGAUCUGAGAAUCUAUGUCACAUAAACAGCAGAAAGUGCCUUUCUAAAAGUAUUUAUUUAGGAAAUGAUAAUAUCAUGAGUUUAUAAAAAAAAAUGAGAGAAAAACUUCAAUGAAAGUUGCAGUCAGAAAGUAGAAGCUCAAUUAUUGUGUUCUAUUUUAUUUAUUUACCUACAAAGGUGCAUAAUAAGUAGGUGCCAAUUUGUUUCUCCUGCUUGUAUUUCCUCUAUUUUAAAGCCAAUUUGUGCAUGUAUGUCUGUGUACUUGAUUGUGUGUUUGAGUGCACCAGUGUACUUGAUUGUGUGUUUGAGUGCACCAUUGUAUUUGUACAUGUUAUUGAUGUGAAGAAUGAGAAUAAAUGUCUGCACAGAGCAAGCAAUGUAUUUAACUAGCUUGGACUAUGUUUUCAUCAGUAAUAUAGUCGACACCAGUCAAAUACAUCUCUUGUGCUGUGAAGGUAUUAAUUCUCAUUCAUAACCUCUACAUUUGUUGCAAUGAACACUAUUAAUUGUGUGGAUGUGUUUAUAUGCAUGCACAUAUUUGUGUGUGCAAUUGCAUAUAUGUGUGUGUUUGACAGAUUUGCAAAUGAAAGGACUUCAUUACCAGGUCACUCCAUACUUAAAAUAGUUUUGUACUGAUAUUUUUAAAAUGUUUCUUUUGUCACAAAUGAUCUGUAAUGCAAUUAUACAUCACUAUAUUAUACUUCUAAGUUUACAUUUCAGUUUCAUUGGUAUAUGUGUAGCAAAAGGACUGACACUUAUGUUCUCUUCCUAAUACAGUAGGAUAUGUGAUAAUUCUAAACAUGUAGAUCAUAUGCAUGUGGUAGAAUUUUACUUUAGAUUAUUAUUGUUUUGCAUACAAUUUUAACUAGCUGAUAUUAUAUUGUGGAUAGUUAAUAAUGACCAUUUUUGUUUGGUGUCUGUGAUACCAAGUGUUCAGUAACAUUAUAGUAACAUAAUACAGGUGCUUGUGCAAGAACAACUUUACCUAGUCUUGAAUAUGAUGUAGGGGAUGUAAAUUCACAACUUUUUCUUAAUUAAUCAAAAAUUAACACUUUCACAUGCACACACCCAUUUCUGAUGAAAUUAGAAAAAUGUGUCAUUAUAUAAUAAUGUUCAGCAUAUAUGGCGUGUAAGUAGCUUGAAAUUAAGCCUGUUUUGCCAUAUCUUUUUUAUUGUUAAAAUAUGUAAAUUAUUUCAUUAAUGUGACAAAAAAGUCAGUUCACAGGUUCUGUUAAUGUACAUCAUGGAAACAUGGGGUAGAACCACAGUGGUACAUGUAAAUAUAGAUACUUAUAUAUGAAUUGUGACUGUAUACUUGAGUAUGGAACAUACAUUCUCAAGAACAAUUUCUUUGGGUAAUAAUUAAAGUCCUUGUCAUAAGUUCUCCUUAUACUGUACAUGGUCAUGCAUAUACUUCUUAUAAGUCUAUCCUUUUUGAACUGGCCAGGAUAUUGUUGCCAAUGCCUGAGCUGUUUUUUUUUUUUUUUUUUU